AUGGCUUCGGAAGCUCCAGAGUCAUCUGCGGCAACAGCUGCUGCAGCAGCUCCCCCUGAUGAUGCCUGGACACACAGCGUCAUGGCUGUGGAUGAUGAUGGUGCCCAGAGCCAGGUCAUGGCUUCGUGUGAGACUUGCUUGGCACAAUGCGGCGGGCCGAGUCAAUACCUUCAAAGGUAUUUGCGGACUGCAGAUGAGGGCUUUGAAUUCAUGGAAUGGUUGAGGGAGCAAUUUCCGGAGCAAGAUGACACCCUCUACCACCAAGAAGCAAAGUUGCCGUGCUUCAAGGACAGUUCAGACUUGGCUUGCGCUGCUCCCACUUGUGUCCAUGUGUCUUCCUUGGGGUUCACGAGCAACUGCAGCCUCAAACCUGGGCCUGGGGCGGGUCUGGCAACCUCUUUGCUCCAAGAGUUUCUCAAAGAUGGCUUUGUGACUGCUGGUGACCCGCUGUUGGUUUUGCAGCAUGAAGCUUGCGUCGCGCCUUAUGGCUUGGAGAAGGACAGUAGCAAGCUGCAGCCCUUCAACUUGGCCUACCUGAAAGGUUUUGCCAGAAGCACCACUCUGUUGAUGCUCCUUCACCGGUGCAAGGCUCUUGGCUUGAAUGGUUCUUCGCCGGGACUGGCGCCGCUGUGGUCCUCUGUGACGAGGAUCUGGGUGCAUUGCAUGGAGUCUUCAAACAGAAUAGAUGAGGCUCUGACGAACAUGAAGCUCUCCAGCCGUGGAUCCCUGCGGAAAGCUAACAACUUGAUUCAGCUGGUCUUUAUGCUCCAGAACCUCAAGUCCCUCGGCCUAUCAGACAGCUCCGCCUUUGUGCAGCGUUGGAACAAGAUGUCCAGCAAGACAUUUCAAAUUGUCGGGAGAAAGGCGUCAGCUUUGAAGUUGCUUUUGGAGCAAACGCCUCCAAGUGUUCUCACUUUGAUCUUGGACCAUGUAAACAUGCAUGGUUGGGAAUCGUGCGUGUGGAGCGACGACAACCUCAGUAGCAAGAAGAUAUUUUCCGGCUUCCAGUUCAGCUGCUCCAAGAAGUCAUGGCUCCCCAGGCUCCGCACUACGGAUGAGUCCAUGAUGUUGAUGGUGAAAUUUUUGCAAGCUUGCCACGAGCAGAAGGCUAGCUACACGCGAAAGAAACCCGAUACUCAAGCAGUUGAGGACGCUGCCGUGAAGGCAGCCUUGUGUUGGCAUCUUGGCCAAGAACUGCUGCAACAAGUUCCCGUUGACCCCAACAAACUGCAGGCUGAAUGGUAUGACAAUUUCGGUUCCGGGGAAAACUCUGUGGAUGGCGAGCUGCAAGCUUUGCUCAUGGACAAAUCCGACACCUUCGACGUGAGGCGCGAUUGCCCCUCAUUGCGCAAGCUGGUGGAAGACCACAAAUUCUCGAAGCCAGUGGCCAUGGACACCGUGGAGGAAGUCUCUUUGCAGGUGGACAAAUUUGCUUUGAUCAUGAAACAGCUCAAGUACGAUGUUCAGGUCUACACCACAUGGACCCGCAAGGUCUCCAGUGUCAAAAGCGCUCAAGAGCAUCAGAGGCAUAUGUGGCUUUUGGAACGUCGCAAGAGAUGCCUGGCAGUGGCUGAUCAGUUUCUUUCCCGCAACGUGAAGCUUCUGGUGUGGCAAAAGAAGGUGGAGCUCGCAAUCGCUGAGAUCAUGAAUGCAAAGCGAGAUGUGACCCAAAAAUUGUCAGUGCCUGCGGAUGAGAUCUACACCUUGGUUUGGUGGAAUGUCACGUCUCCAUGCUUGAUCCCGGCACACAUCUACCAGCAAAGUGUCAGCCUUUUGGCCUGGGCCUUGAAUGACCAGAUGAAAAGCAUGGCCCUAGUGCUGAUGCCAACCUUCAGCUACAGCAAGGGCAAGCUGGUUCUUGAAGAAUCGCAGCUUCUCCAGAAAUUGUCAGCAGGCAAUCACAACAUCGAUUGGCAGUGGCACUUGCUCUUUUCUGAGCGCAGUGAUGCUCGGGACUUGCGACCUCUGGUGUACACUGGCCGCUUUGUGUUCCCCAGUCCUUUGGAAUUGCAGAAGAACCCAUGGUUUUCUUGUGACUUGAGGAAGACUCAGCGCACAGUGGAGCAGAAACAGCUGGCAGCAAAAGAAAUGCGCGAAGUGGAAUGCGUAGCGGAAGACAGCCUUCCCACCACCACUGACACCAGAGAUAUCCUCCAUGGAGCGCCGAAGUAUUGGCAAGUCGGCUCUACUGCCUGCAGCGCGGUGCUCACUUCAGCCUUCACAGGCGUGCAGCCGGAGCCAGGCGCAACAUUGGUCCUAGACCUCUAUCCGAGGAAUGGUGAUAUGUGUGAAGCAUUCUGCGACUUGAGAAGCCACAGAAACAAUGUGCAAUACAUUGCCCUUUGCGAGUCCCAGGAUGAGGCGCUUUACAUUGAGAAUUACAUGAAAGAAUCUCUCUCACAAGCGUAUGAAGCAGGCAAGUCCACGCCCAAUGGUGAGAAGAUUGAGCAGAAGAUGAGUGAUGAUUUGGUGGAAGCCACGCCGCCGGCGCCAAACAUGAACUUGCUGGUGAUCAAAGAUGAAAACCUGUCCAUUCCUGCAGCCAUUGUCCGGGAAUGGCAAGAUCAUGCCCAAUGUGGAAAAGAGUUUCAGGCUUGGCUGGAGGAUUUCCUGAAGCAGUACAAGGUCAUCGAUCCGGAACAGGAACAGAAAAAUGCCAAUGAACCCAAGGGGGGAGCUCCAAAGAGGCCUGGUGAAUCUGGAAGCGGUGGCCCUAGCCCAAAGAAGCUUCGCGCAGAUAUGUCUUCAGUGAAUGCUGGCAUCAUUGAGGCGAAGCAGAUUUCCACCGCUUUGUUGCAUGAGUUCAGCUUGCCCACAGCAAAGGACAUUUCUAUGGCCCUUCACCUUCGGUCCGAGUCCGAGAUCUUUGUGGUGAACAAAGGUACCAAAGAGUGGUCCAGCGUUGACCCAGCCAUCGCUUUCUUUGGAAAUGGCACAUGGAAGGUGCUCAAGGAUGCCCAGCAGCUACCAGAGAAUUCCGUGGAAUUGGCUUUCAAAAGCCACCGCGACCUCGUUCUUUUGAAUGGGUCGGCGCAGUCUUUGGGGGUUGUCUUGGCUGAGAUGCGCGCCAAGAAGCCCGAUGCAAAGAUUUGUUACCACAAGAUCAACGAAGCCGAGAAGCUGAGUGAGUUUAGCCUGACGGUGACCCACCGCGUGAUCUUCCAGUCAAAGCUUGAGGCUGGCACCGAGUUGUCGCAUAAGAAUUGCGGCCACAAGGUGUCAAGUCUAGUGAAGAGUGCCGAUUCGCCCCUGCAGAUGAUCUGGUAUGUCCGGUGGAGCACCAAAGGCUUGUCGCCGAUUAAGCCAGUCUGGCACCUGAUUGGCAAUGUGAAGUUGCCUGGUGAGAGCGCGAUUCCUUGUCACAAGUAG